AUGGAUAUACCUUUGAAGUCACAGAGAGAGAUUUCUCUGACGGGUCUGGCUGGUAAAACAGCAGAAUCCUUUUCUAAUAGUAUGGAACGGCACAAUGUGCCAAGAGUGUCUAGCACCAUUGAUUUGGGCAACUACGAAAGCCAUUCUAAUCCCUGCAAGUUGACUAGGGUUUAUUCUGAAUCUGAGAAAAGCAAUUUCGACGCAGAGACUGGGCACCGAUUAUACGAUGACGGUAAAAUAAGACCCCAAUUAUCAAGGAGUAAUUCGCAUCUUGAUGGGGACGAUUCUAGUGCGAUGUAUGACAUACGCUCGCAGUCUCAUAAAGAAUUACCCAAUUUCAAUGCUAUUGGUUUAGAAGACGAAUACAUUCCUGACUUGAAUUUCAAGCAUUUGAUAUAUAAAUGGAACAAACCUUCGGAUCAAAAUUUACUGAAAUAUUAUGAUCGAAAUGACCAUAUUCCAAGUACAUCCACUAGUGGAACGAACACACCUGUGAUGAAUUCAUCAUAUCUAGAUUUGAAUACUUUGCACUCUAAAGUGGCACCACAGCCUAUCAAUCCUAAAGGCUACUCUCCUCCUAAGUAUACGUAUUCGAAGCUCAACGAUGUGAUGAAAAUGAGGAGCCGUUAUGGGGGAGAAAGCUUAAGCAGGCAAUUGAGUACUGACUAUGAGAAGAAAAAUAAAAAAAUUAAAUCGGCUGUAAAUCCUGAAACAGGGACCGUUGAUUAUGAAGCCAUUCUAGACAGUUUGCCAUCAAACUUUAAUGAUCUACCAUACUCGCAGCGAAAGAAACUUGUUACCUCUUUUGCUGACUCUGCAGACUAUUCAGAAUUUUCCCUUUUCGCAAAGCAGUAUUUCAGUGACAAAGCUAGCUCUAGCUCCAGUAAGACGCCGAAAAGUGGGAAUGGUAGUUUUAGACGUCCAAGAAGGGACAGUAGUAAUACAGUCGCUGGGCGUCUACUCGCAAUUUCAUCAUCUACUGAUUUACAUAAAUCUGGAAGUGAGACUCCAAAGAUCAAUGUUGACGAGAAGGGUGCUUAUGUUAUGGAUCAUGAGCUUGGCAAAGUAAUUGGGUUUGGUGCUUGGGGCACUAUAAGAGAAUGCACGUCCUCCGAUGGCAGUAUAAGAGCUAUUAAAAUAGUAAAAUCAUACAAAGAGAAUGACUCAUACACUUCGAAAGAUUCUCAAGCGGUGAGCAGAAACCCGAAGGUUUUGGAAGUUUUCAAACAAGAAAUAAGUAUUUGGAAGCUGCUUCACCAUUCUAAUAUUUUGCCAUUGAUUCAAUACUUGGAAACUGAGAGAGCCAUCUUCUGUAUUACAAAUAAAAUUCAUGGAGGCACUUUGUUUGAAAUAGUAUCUCAAUGGGGGUACUAUAUUGGUAGUACUCUUGGAGAUGAAUCAAGUUUUCAAUUCCAGAUUGGAAUUCAGAGAUCUCGAUUAAUGCAGUCGGUCUCUUAUUUGAAGCAAAUAAUAUCCGCUUUGUUGUAUUUGCAUCAAGAGAAGGGUAUCGUGCACGGAGAUUUAAAGUUGGAGAAUGUGUUGGUUGAUGAUAGCAAUAAGGAACACUAUAAAAUGGUAUUAUGUGAUUUCGGAAUGUCGAGAAUUUACACUUCAAGAUUAAGUAGAAAAUCAUCUAGGUUAGGGGAAGAAAUUGAUAACAUAAGGAGCAGGUCAUCAGCUGCUGAUAUGAGAAAACCGUAUUAUGGCAAUACCGCAUCCACUAGACAUCUCUUUUCUGACGAUUCGAAGAUUGGCAUUUCAAAUUAUUUGAAGCCUCAUGGCCCUUCAUUACAAUCAGUAGAUUUGACGCCAUCUCAGUCCAACAUAUCAUUGCAUCGUUUCAACGAUACCCUGAUUGAUACCUCAUAUCUCGGAAUCGAUUCAGAAUUACCUCAUUCUCAUAUAGGUUCGCUUCCCUAUGCCUCUCCCGAAUUGCUACUUCCAUCUCCACCCCCUUUGGGCCCUUCUGCUGAUAUAUGGGCGCUUGGAAUACUCAUGUACACGAUGAUCGUUGGAAAGUUGCCGUUCCAACACCAAUAUGAGCCGCGUUUGAGAGCAAUGAUUUCGGCCGGCAGAUAUGAUAAAGAAGAUUUGAAAAAGGCAACACUUAUACAAUGUGUGUAUGGUGAUGUGAAUAAAGAACUGACACAACUUGCGGAUUCGUUUUCGCUGAGCGAAAACAUCACCAAGUUGAAAAAUGAAUGGCUUUCGUGUAAUUCAAAUGAAUAUAAAUGGGUUUAUGAUGUAAUUGUGGGUUGCUUAGAGACUGACAUCACGAAAAGGUUGGAUAUUGAAUCCAUAAAUAAUACAUUUUCCCUUAAGGACAUUUAA